AUGAGCAUAGCGAUCGGAAGUCGGGUGGUAUGGCGAGCACCGCAACUACUUGUUCAGCUUCGGUCUGUCUCGACAUUGAGCAAUAACCCUCACAUUUAUGCCUUCAAGGACCCUCAAAACCCCUCCUCCCACAUCCUGUCCCUCCUCUCUACGGACCCUCCCACGCAUUCAUUAGCCGUUGGCACCACGACGCAACUCCCACCGACGCCUCGAUCCUUUACCGAAAACCCCAAAUUUCUCCCAAUCCUUCACGCUGUAAUCGGCGAGAAUGCCUCCUCCGAUCCCGAGGUCCAAUCCCAAGCCGCCGUAAUGAUAUCGUCAUCCGGCUCCUCGUUGAUGCAGACCGCCCGGCGCCAACAGACAGGCUCGUCAGGUGCCAGCGACCAGGGCGGCCAUGGCAGCGCUGGCAGGGGAGGCUGGGUACACGUCUCUGACCAACGACACAUACCAGACUUUGGGCGCAUCGCAGAGCCAGAGGAUAUCUUUGGCAGUGUGGAAGUCGACGGCCAUGGAAAAUUUGUCGACGGCCAUGGAAGAUACCAGCCCAGUGGGACGUAUCGUAUAUGCACGAACGACGGGAUCCUUGGCUUGACGGACUUUAUGAGGCGGAAGUUGGUCGAGAGGCUUAAGGUGCAAGAGGCGGCGGAGAGACACAAGCAGUGA